AUGUUUUUGACGCGGGCCACGGGCACAUGCGACGAUGACCAAUUUGGGCCUAUCGUCACUGCAGCGGACUGUCGCGGAGGAUUCGACUUCACUGUCAUUUUCGAGGCCGGUAUCCUGAGCCUCGUUCCGGCCGUUUGUUUUCUCCUUGUGGCAUCUAUUCAUCUGCCCCACUUGCUCAGACAGCCUCGGAAGGUGCUCUCUUCGACAGUCCGAGUGGUCACACUGAGUGUCUCUGUGAUUUUUGCAGCUAUUCAAGUUGCAUUGCUUGUGCUUGUUGCGAAAAACCACCCCGUUGGAGGGCGCACACUGCUUGCAAGUGCCGUUCUCGACCUAUUAUCGGCGCUGGGAGUUAUACUGCUUCUUGACCUAGAGCACGUCCGGUCAAUUCGGCCAUCUUUCCUUGUCUCUGCGAAUCUGUUCAUCACACUGUUCUUUGACCUUGCGCGUGUGCGCACAGCGUGGCUGCUACCGGAAAAUAAGGUCUACUCUGCUUUUCUUUCUACUUCUUUGGCCAUCAAAUUAGUUCUUUUAUUGCUAGCUAGCGUUGAAAAGCAAAAAUGGCUUCUAACUACCGAGAAGUAUUAUUCCACUGAGAGCGUGAGUGGGCCUUUCACCCGAGGCUUAUUUACCUGGCUGAAUGGGCUGCUGUGGAGAGGGCACUUAGCGUCACUGGCUGAAGGUGAUCUCCCUGCCGUUCACGAGAAGCUAUUGUCUUCGCGGUUGUCUGUCCGAUUUGCAGAUGCGUGGGUCUGCUCCAACAAGGCUGGACAAAAUGCGUUACUUUGGGCAGUGAUCAAGUGCCUCCGCUGGGAAAUGGUAGCGAUCGCCUUCCCGCGGCUUUGCGUAGUGGGAUUUAGUAUUGCGCAGCCAUUCCUCAUUGGAAAAGUGGUCAGUGUCUUACAACGGACUGACUCUUUCUCACUCGACACCAGCUAUGGCUUAAUUGGAGCCACUGCAAUCGUCUUUGUCGGGAUUGCUGUUUCUAGAGCUUCUUAUGAGCACCUGGGAUACCGUGCUACAACUAUGAUCCGAGGAGGUCUGAUGAGUCUUGUGUUCCAGCAUAUGAUGGAUCUGCCACUGGGCAGCACAGACGAAUCCAGUGCAAUGUCGCUUAUAGGCUCUGACAUAGAAAUGCUUGCCGAAUAUUUUUAUUCGGUCGUCUGUGAGACUUGGGCAAACGCGCUCCAGUUAGCACUGGCUACGUGGUUGCUAAAAACCCAGGUCGGUGCGGUUUGCAUUGCUCCGAUUUUGGUAGUGACCAUAUUCACAGCUUCCUCAUUUGCGAUGGGCAAUGCUGUUUCCACUCGGCAAAAGGAAUGGCUUCGGGCCACCGAGAAGCGGAUCAACUUCACAACUUCCAUCCUUGGGUCUAUUCGCAACGUUAAGUUUCUCGGUUUAGCCGAGAUAAUGAGUUCCAAGAUCGAGGCAUUGCGCGUGGAGGAGCUUGAGGUUUCGAAGAGGUUCCGCCGGAUCCAGUCAAUUCGUGUCUGCAUGGUCAACUCCCCCAUAAUAAUCGGCCAGCUUGCUACAUUGGCUGCAUAUGCGAUAGUAGCAUUACUGCAGGGCUCUGGGGGCCUUGCUGUAAAUCAAGCCAUCUCCUCGUUGUCGCUUAUUAGCUUGAUGAUCACACCACUAAGCUACCUCUUGUUGGCGAUUCCAGACACAUUUGCUUCAGUAGGAUGCCUGCAUAGAAUACAGGAGUUCCUUAAGAGUCAGAAGCGCCGUGAGAAGAGACAGCUUCUCCGUCCAUUGUUGGCUCGCUCCACAUCAUCCAGCAACAUCUCUGGUAUUGAAUUGUCUCCCCUCUCACAGCUUCCACACGGCGAGAGAGAUGUAGUCCUAUCUCUACGGAAUGUCAAAUUUGGCUGGAAACCUCUUUCUAUAUCAGAGGGAAAUGGUGUAACAUUCACUCUGAAUGAUGCCGAUUCUGGCCAACUUGUCAUCCUUGUUGGUCCAGUCGGCUGCGGAAAAUCUACCUUUCUCAAGGGUCUGGCAGGUGACACGCCUGUGUUGGAAGGGGAGCUCUUCGUGAAGUACCCAGACUUGGCCUUCUGUGAAGACACACCAUGGCUAUCAAAUUCUUCAAUACGGAGUAAUAUUGUUGGCGAAUAUUCAUCUUCUACCUUUGAUCCUGACUGGUAUCGCACCGUUGUAAGCGCAUGUGCGCUGGACUUCGAUCUUGAGAAGAUGCCGGCGAACGACAAAACACUAGUCGGCAGUAAAGGUUCUAAGCUGAGUGGAGGACAGAGACAAAGAAUCGCCAUCGCACGAGCGGUCUAUGCUCGUAGACGCAUCGCUUGCUUUGACGACGUUCUAGGUAGCCUGGACAAUGUCACGGCCCGAAUUGUAUUUAAAAAUGUCUUCGGCACAGCUGGGCUCCUGCGUCAGCUGGGCUGUACUGUUUUUUUGGCUACUCACACUGCCCAUAAUUUGCCCCAGGCUGACUUGAUCAUGGUGUUCGGGGACAAUGGUCAAGUGGCCAAGCAAGGCAGCUAUGCCCAAAUUCGAGACGGCAUUGAUGGCUUCAUUCAGCUGAAUGAUGCUCAACUCACACAAACAGAUGAGGCAGAAGAAGGCAAGAAGUCCGCAGAUGUGGUGGUAGAGCCUCCGACUGCCGCUUUUAGUGCUUCUUCUUCCACAUAUAACAGUCGACGGACAACCGACCUUGCUGUAUAUAAGUAUUAUUUUUCUGCACUGGGUUGGUCACGAAUUGCUUCGUUGCUUCUCUUCCUAGUUACAGAUGCCGGUAUGGGCGGAUUCCGCUAUGUCUGGGUCAGCAUCUGGUCCUCCAGCAGUGACAACGAUUCGCGCCUAGGCUACUGGCUUGGACUGUAUGGAGCAUUCUCUGUGGUCCAAGCCCUUGCGCUUGUACUUGCUGUAUUCUGGACAUGGGUUAUUAUUGUCCCAUUGGCCUCCAGGAACCUUCAUACAACCGUGCUGAAGACUUGUAUUGGUGCUCCCUUAUCCUUUCUUUCUAACCUCGAUACGGGAGUUCUAGUAACACGUUUCAGUCAGGACAUGAGGCUAGUUGAUAUGAUCCUGCCUCGAGGCUUCAUAUCUACAGGGUUCCAGUUUUUCGGAGCUAUUGCUCAGGGCGCCACUGCCAUAGCCUCAUUGCCCUAUUUAGCAGCCGCUUUACCUAUUAUAAUUGCAGUCCUCUAUCUGAUUCAGAGGUUUUAUCUUCAAACAUCUCGUCAGCUGCGACUACUAGAAAAACUCAUGCAAAUCAUCUACAGAAUUGAGCUCAAGAGCCCCCUUUACACCCACUUCAUCGAGUCACUGGCGGGACUCACCACUAUUCGUGCCUUUUCCUGGACUCAUGCUACGACAAAUCGAAUGCUUUCUAUAUUAGACAGCGCCCAAAGACCAUACUACCUCCUCCUGUGUAUCCAACGCUGGCUGAGUCUUGUGCUGAACCUGAUUGUGGCCGGCAUAACAUUGCUUCUGGUUGGAGCAUCCGUCGUUCUUCACUCUCACUUGGACCCGGGUCUACUAGGGAUUGCCCUUGUCUUGAUGAUGGAUCUGGGACUGGUUCUAUCAGAGCUGAUCCAAAACUGGACAUUGCUUGAAACGUCACUGGGAGCCAUUUCACGCAUCAAAGAAUUUGCCGAGGAAACCCCUCAUGAAAAGAGUAACAUGGCCACUCAGACUUAUGAUGAAGUCUCGGAAUGGCCGACAAGCGGCGAGGUCGAAUUUUUAGAUGCAGGAAUUGCUUGGAAUUUUGGUGAGACGAAACCUCUACUCAACGGCAUUAAUCUUCGAAUUGGAGCCGGACAGAAGUUUGGCUUGUGUGGCAGAACCGGAAGUGGCAAGAGUACAUUGGCACUGUCCCUCCUUCGUCUCAAUGAGAUUGUAUCCGGCCAAAUCCGCAUUGAUGGACAAGAUAUUUCCUUAGUGCCCGGAUCAUCAAUUCGACAACGCAUUAGCUGUCUCAGCCAAGAACCCUUCAUUUUCCCCGGUACAGUCAAGGAAAAUGCCGAUCCCUUGGGCAAGGUCUUGAAUGCGCAGAUUGUUGCUGCUCUGCAAUCUGUGCGGAUUUGGAGCAUCCUGGCAGCAAGCCACAGUGGUACCGACGAAGAGGUGCUGGAUUCAAAAUUAGAUGACAGCAUCCUAUCCCUGGGCCAGAAGCAGCUGUUCUGUCUUGCCAGAGCUCUGCUGAAGAGGAGCAAGAUAUUGAUUUUGGAUGAGCCAACAAGCAGCCUGGACUCUGAAACAGAUGCCAAGGUACAGAAUGUCAUACGGGAGUCGUUCCAUGGCUGCACCGUAAUAAUGGUGGCGCAUAGAAUCCACACAUUGCUUGACUUCGAUCAGGUUGCUGUUCUGAAAAGUGGUGAAAUUGUGGAGGUCGGAAAUCCUCAUGAUCUACUCGAUAAGCCUGAUGGGGAAUUUUCGAAGCUGCUGAGCCUCGAGCCGUGA